AUGGCAAACAUUGACCUGGCAGCGAUUGGAAACAACAUGUUGAAGAACGAGACUGGAGAGAGUGUGGAGCUGAAGUCUCUGUGGAAGGACCAGCCGGUGGUGUUGUUUUUCCUGCGCAGGUUCGGUUGCCAGAUCUGCCGGUGGAUGGCAGCGGAAAUCAGCAAACUGGAGGCGGAUCUGAAGGCUGCUGGAGUGUCUCUGAUCGGGGUCGGGCCUGAAGAGUUCGGCCUUCAGGAGUUUAAAGCAGGCGGGUUUUUCAAAGGAGCGGUUUAUGUCGAUGAGAAGAAGAAAUGCUACAAGGACCUGGGCUUCAAAAGAUACAGCGCUCUUGGGGUUGUUCCUGCCGCUCUGGGGAAGAAAGUACGGGACGUCUCUUCAAAGGCAGAGGCUGCUGGGAUCAAAGGAAACUUCUCUGGGGACCUGCUGCAAAGUGGAGGCAUGCUCCUUGUGAACAAAGGUGGAGAGAAGGUGCUGCUUCACUUUGUGCAGGACUCUCCUGGGGACAUGGUUCCUCUAGAGGAGAUCUCCAAGGCUGUGGGAGUGUCCGCCACAGUCCAGGCUGGUCAGAGACCAGUGUGCAACGAUGACGUCUGCACGCGGUGA